AUGUAUCUUUCCAGUACCCUCGUCAUCACCUCUCUGCUUGCCAGCAUUGUCAACAGCAGCCCUCUCUUCCCGCUGGCCCGGGAACCCAACGCGCAGCCCAAACAAACGCUCACCUUUACGGAAUCCGAGAAUAACGGCUAUUGUUUUGCUAAACUGGAUAAUAUCCUCGGAUGCUCAGGGGAAACCAUCUAUCCCAUUGGCGAAUUCGUCAAUGACCGCUGCACCAAAUUCACCUCGGCUCUUGCUGAUAACGAACCCUCAGCCGCUAUCCCUGUCUGUGACAGGAAACUGACGGUGACAUGGACCAAAGACGUAUGGGGCAACCAGCAGGCUGCAUUUAAGUUCCCCAAAGCCGACAUCGGGGAAGAACGGAUGGAGAUCGUCGGUGUCAACUUUUAUACCAAGGGAGUCGCCAAUGAGGUUGGAGUCACCGAGAAUUUUCUGACAUGGUGA